AUGAGCAGUGAUAAUGAAGUACAUGACGAAGACAAUUUCCAAUGUGAACAUAUUAUUACGGAAAGUCAUAAAAAAGCAAUUUAUAGUAUAAGUAUUUGUCAACAAGCUUUAUCAGAUGAAAGUGAAGAAGCAUUUUUAUUUGCUACAUGCGCUAUAAAUCAAAUCUGUGUUUAUAAAUAUACUAUCAUCGAUGAGAAAUCAUCUGUUCAACUUAUUCAAAGUUAUUGUGAUUCAGACGAUAAAGAAUAUUUUUAUGAUUGUAAAUGGACAAUGUUUGGAAAUACGACAAUAUUAGCAGCUGCUGGAUUACGUGGUGUUGUAAGAGUUAUUAAUAUUGCUCAUCAAUGUCAUUUGAAACCGCUUCGUCAUUUAGGUAGUGUUAAUCAAAUUGCAUUUGCUAGUGAACAACCAACGUUAAUGGCUUCUUCAUGUUCUAAUUAUGCAGUUUAUUUAUGGGAUGCUGAAGCAGCUCUUUGUUUAGCUAAUUAUGUUGGACCUGAUCAACAUAAACAAGGUGUUCUUUCUGUGGAUAUCAAUUACAAUGGUACAUUCAUUGUAUCCGGUGGUUUAGAUAAUCUUGUGUGUGUAUGGUCGACACAAGAUAAAGAAAUAAUUGAAAAUAUGGCUAUAGCUAAAAGAGGACCUUUGUUUAAAGAAUUUAGACUCUCAGCACCACAUCAUGUUUAUUUUCCGAUAUUUUAUUCAAAUACUUUGCAUGAACAUUAUGUCGAUUCUGUAAAAUGGUUUAGUGAGGAUAUUAUUGUCAGCAAGUCAGCUGAUCAUGUUUAUUGCAUUUGGAAAUUUAAUGUUGAACAAAAAGAUCCGAAUAUAUUGUUUCGAUGGAAUCGAUCAGAAAAAUCUAAUAUUAUAUUCGAUGUUCGACUUGGUUUAUCAGUCACGCGAAAGUUAAUGGCUAUUGGUCGUCUCGAUGGUUCAAUAUUCAUUUGGAAUAUGACGACACUUCCUGAUCAACCAAAUAUAUUAACACAUCGUGAAUCAAAAUCAAUGGACAAUUUUGAAAUAUUUAUUGAUAAAACAAAGAAUGAUAAAGAUCAAAAUAUUGAAUAUUUAACAUCGUUUGGUAAUAAAUCAUAUGAAAUAUCUUUAUUUCAAAUACGUCAUAUUACAAUACAAGUUGAUUCAAAUGAUUUUUAUCAUAAUAAACAUAAUAAUAGUAAUGUAGUUGGAUUUAAAAUUCAAAUAACUUCGACCAAUCCUAAUAUUAUCAAUCUUCGAAAAGAAGUUCCAAUAUCAACAGAAACUAUCAAAAUUAAUAAUUCAAAUACUAUCCUAGUAGAAGAUUUAUAUAUUUUAUCUCGUAAAAAAAGUCUUGGUAAUAUUUUUAAUGCAUAUCCUUCACCAACAUUAAUCUAUCUUAAACAAAAUUCAACAAAUGAUUCAAAUAUUCAUAUGACAUGGUCAAUGAAAGGUAAUGCAAUGGGUUUAACAAAAUUAAUAUUUCAUUUGGAUAUAUUUUACGAUGAUGACACAUCAUUAUCACGUUCUUGGUCAUUAAAUAUUCUUGUAAUACAACCAAAACGUCUUAUUGAUAAAUUAUUUUAUACAAUUAUUCCAUUUAUAGUUAUUAUUAUUUCAAUAUUAAUGGGUUUUUUACUUGAUCUCAAAAUAAUAACUGAUCUUUUAAAAAAUCCUAAACCAGUUCUUAUUGGUUUUCUUGCUCAAUAUGGUUUAAUGCCUUUUUUAGCAAUGGGUAUUGCAAAAAUUUUUCAUUAUACACCUUUAUAUAGUCUUGCUCUAUUUGUUAUUGGUUGUUGUCCAGGUAGUGGUGCUUCAAAUCAAUGGACAGUUCUAUUUGAUGGUGAUGUUAAUUUAUCUGCUAUAAUGUCAUUUGUUUCAACUGCUGCAUCAUUUUUUAUGAUGCCUCUAUAUUUUUAUACAAUAGGUAGAUUUUAUAUGGAUGAACUUUCAAUUCGUAUACCAUUUUUAAGUCUUGUACGUUCAUUAGCACUUGUUGUUAUACCAUAUAGUAUUGGCAUAGUUAUAAGUUAUUUUUAUCCUAAAACACGUUCAUUUAUUAAAAAACUUAUUAAACCAAUAAUGAUAUUUGUUUUAUUAUUUUUUCUUACAUUUGGUUUAAUUGUUAAUUGGUAUUUAUUUAUAAUGAUUGAUUUAUAUACAGCAUUAACAGCACCAUUAUUACCAUUUUUAGGUUUUUUAUUUGGUGGUAUUCUUGCUUGGAUAUUUCGUAUGAAUUGGACACAUAUAAAAACAAUUGGUAUUGAAGCUGGAAUACAAAAUGUUGGUAUUGCAUUUAUAAUUAUAAUGUAUUCAUUUCCACAACCAUAUGCAACACAAGGUAUGAUUGUACCAAUGAUUGUUUCAUUUUUUACAACAAAACCAUUUUGGAUUAUUUUAAUUAUACGAAAUCAAAUAAGAAAAUAUAAACAACGAAAAGAAGAAAAGAAAAAUUUAAAUACUAAUGGAGAAAUAAUUCAUGAUAAUGAUAAAUUACAAUCGAAUAAUGAAGAAAAUUUAAAACAAGAAGAUAUCAUUGAAAUUAUAAAAUGA